AUGAAAGAAAUAAACAUAGAUACUAAAAGAACAAACUUAGAAAAUUGGAGACUAAAAGUUGAAAAUGGAAGACAAACGUGGCAUUAUUUAGAGCAUGAAGAUGAAAUUAAGAAUUGGCCUCAAUCUAUUAUUGAGAAAUAUUGGCUUGAUUUGCCUUUUGUAAGAAAAGCUGCCAAGAAUGGAUUUAAAUUCUAUAAGCAACUUCAAACUGAAGAUGGUCAUUGGGCAGGAGAUUGUGGAGGACCAAUGUUUGUGAUUCCAGGAAUUGUAUUUUCAAUGUAUAUUACUCAAAUACCAAUUCCAGAAAGUUGGAGAGUAGAAUUGAUUAGAUAUUUAUUUUAUCGAGCUCAUCCUGUUGAUGGAGGAUGGGGAUUAAUUUUGGGAGUGGAUGUAGAUCAUCCAGCAAUGAUUAAAGCUAGAUCAACUUUACAUAAACUUGGUGGUGCUAUUGGUAUACCUUCAUGGGGUAAAUUUUGGCUCGCAAGUCUAAAUGUUUAUGAUUGGGAAGGACUUAAUCCGAUUCCACCAGAAUUAUGGCUUUUUCCUUAUUUUCUUCCAUUUCAUCCUGCUCGGUAUUGGAUUCACACACGUGUUAUUUAUCUUCCUAUGGGAUAUGUUUAUGGUCGGAGAUUAAGUGCUAAAGAAACAUCAUUGAUUAUGCAAUUGAGACAAGAAUUAUAUACACAACCUUAUGAAACAAUAAAUUGGGCUAAGGCACGGGGCAACAUUGCAGAAGCUGAUCUUUAUGUGCCUCAUUCAAAACUUUUGAAAUUUACUAAUUUUUUUUUAAAUAUUUAUGAAAAAAUCCCAAAUCUCUUUGGUCUUCGUGAUAUUGCUCUUGAAGAAAGUUAUAAAUUAAUACAAUAUGAAGAUAUAAAUACAGAUUACCUUGACAUUGCUCCUGUAUGA